GGGCGCGAGUAGGCCGAGGCUCCGCCUCCGCGAAGUAACUCGGAAUACGACGCGUCAUUCAUGGCCGAGCUAAAGGCUGCGCCACUGUUCGGGUCCGUCCGGCUGCAGCAGAGCGGCUCGCCAGAGGAUACUACGGCGCGGCGGACACCUGUCUCCCCCGCAUCCGCGUCCGCCGGCGGUUCACCACGUCGCCGCGUCCACCGCGCUCUCGCGUUCUCAGAGUCAGCAGCUCGCGGCUGCCGAGCCAGACGCGCCGCGCGACGACGACGACGACGACGACGACGACGCUAUGCAUCCACGGCGGCGUACACGGCUGUUGUUGUACCGCGUCCGUCGCGGAUGAGAGGGACGCGACCGGUCGACGGUGCCGCGGCGGUCGGAAGACCGACGAUCGGAGAAGCCUGCCCGGCCGGCCGACGUGACGACCUCGACCUGGUCGACGGGGAGAGGCCGGCGCCCCCCCCGAGGGUCGCGGGCACGGCUGCGGGCACGGGUGGUGGUGUGCGGGCGAGGGUGCUGCGAGGGUGUGUGAAUGACACGCGAGACACGCACAGUGCAAGUGAGACAGCGGUAUACAGCGGUAGUAUAGUAAUAGUAUAGUAGUAGCGCGCGCGGUGGUAAUACGCAGGCAGCGGCUCCGCGCGGCGCGGCGCGCUUUUUUUUCCUUGUUUGUGUGAAUUAUCGCGGAAGAGAGUGCGCGAGACAUCGGCGACACGACGGAGAUACCAUCGACAUUCGUGGUGGAAGGGUGGCGGAUGCACCGCGGAGGCGGCGGAAGUGCCGGAGGCGCAGCCGGGGGUGGUAUCGUCGGUGGUGCCGGCGGAAGUCACCGAGGCCUCGAGUUGGAGCAUCCCUCGGCGAUGCCGGGUGCACCUGGUUUCCAUUGGGGGGCCAUGCUCGCGGGUCACCAUGCGGCCGCCGCCGCGGGUAUGAUGCAGCCUCCCAUGUCGGCGGGUGGUGAGUACGUGCCCGCUGCGGCGCACCAUGGACCGGCUCAUCCCGCGAUGCCGAUGGACCUGCACGUUCAUCAGGGAUUUCCCUAUUACAGGUAUCGAGACGACGCGCUCUGCUGGACGGACAGGAAACCGUCCAUGGACGACGUCGGAAAUCCUACCUCCGUCAACGCACGAUUUGAGGAGAGACACUACGCUUUCGAAAGCAUCUUGGAGUUGCGCAAGGAGAAGAGCAGGGACGCGGCGAGGUCGCGACGGGGUAAAGAGAACUUCGAGUUCUACGAGCUUGCGAAAAUGCUCCCACUACCGGCGGCCAUUACCUCCCAACUGGACAAAGCAUCCAUAAUAAGACUAACGAUUUCGUAUCUCAAACUCCGCGACUUCUCCAGCCACGGCGACCCGCCGUGGUCUCGCGACGGUCCACCGCCCAUCAAGUCUGUCAAAGGUGCUAACCGGGUGAGAUCAUCGAGCAGCGCAGCGAUAGAUCAUUUUGAAAUUCAUCAAGGCACCCACAUAUUGCAGUCCCUGGAUGGCUUCGCGAUGGCUGUGGCGGCUGAUGGCAGAUUCCUGUACAUAUCCGAGACCGUUUCCAUAUAUCUCGGCCUCUCACAGGUAGAAAUGACGGGGUCGAGCGUUUUCGACUACAUCCAUCAGCAAGAUCACGCGGAGGUCGCGGAACAGCUUGGCCUUGGACUCGCCUCGUCGACGAGUACGUCGGGACCGCACUCGUCGAAUUCUGGCCUGGCCUCGCCGAGCAGCGCCGCGUCGGAAGAGCACGGUUCAACCUCCACCGCGAAUCCCGACGGUAACAACUCCCCCGCUCAACUCGUCGUACGAAUGAGAGAAUUGUCCUCGAUAAUGUCGCUAUCAGCGAGUGGACCUUACAAGGGGUACGACCGGGCGUUUUGCGUUAGGAUGAAAUCCACCCUGACGAAGAGAGGUUGUCACUUCAAGUCGUCCGGUUAUCGGGUCGUGCUGCUGCUGUGUCGUUUGAGGCCGCAGCUCAUAUUUAGCCACACGAGGAAGACCGCACCACCUCUGAUGGGCAUGAUCGGUCUGGCCAUCGCGCUUCCGCCGCCGAGCGUGCACGAGAUCCGUCUCGAGACCGACAUGUUCGUCACACGAAUUAAUUUCGACUUUCGGAUAGCACAUUGCGAACCAAAGGUUUCCGAAUUGUUGGACUACACGGCCGACGAGUUAACGGGGAAGAACCUCUACACGCUCUGCCACGGUGAAGACGCGAACCGCCUGCGGAAGUCCCACAUAGAUCUGAUCCACAAAGGGCAAGUACUGACACAUUACUAUCGACUGAUGAACAAGAGCGGCGGCUACACGUGGCUACAGACGUGCGCCACCGUCGUGUGCAAUUCGAAAAAUGCCGAGGAGCAAAAUAUCAUUUGCGUCAAUUACGUGAUAAGCGGCCGAGAGUACGAAAACUUAAUAAUGGACUGCUGCCAGCUGGAAGACGGCGUGACCGGUGUGAAGAGAGAAGACACGGCCGGGAACGAUCCGGAGAACGGGUCGCCAGACGCUGACAGAGGAGAGGGUCGUAGUCGAGGCGGCCCUACGAAUCAGCACCAGGAGCAGUCUCACCGGUCGCCCGCCGAGGAGCGGGAGGAGAGCCACGGCUCGGAGAGCGAGAAACGGGGCAGCAGGCACCACGACAAUAUAGCGCAGUUGCAGCAAGAGUCGCAGACGCCGGUCGGGAACAUCAGCACGCUCGUGGUGAGACUACGCGGGCACAAGCGGAAGAUCCCGGACGACGACAGCAGCUCCAACGACGAGGACGACGAGGAGGACGCGAGCACGACGAAGGAGACGAGCAACGAGAGGAGCCGCGCGCUCAGUCCCGCGGCAUCCACCCACUCGAUCUCGACGACCGAGCAGACCCUCUGCUCGACAAGCCCAAAGUCCCGUCGCACUGAGGCCGCCGGCAGGCUCGACAAUUCCGAGAGUACCGGCACCUCGGUGAAGGAUCUGGAGCAGGCGAUGUCGAAGCACCUGCCGGUGAGCUCGCUCAACAAGUCCAACUCGCCGGCGGCGCUCCACCAGCCGACCGACUUCAGUACGGACGCGUUGCUGAAGCAGCAGCAGCAGAGGAGCACGAUACAAUGGAUAGGCGCUCAUCACCACCUCGGCCACUUGAGCCCGCAACAAUCCACCGCCGCCCCGUUACCCGCCUCCGCGCUCCUCAGGCAACUGUACGCCAACCGGGAGAGCGUGAUACGCGCCAACGUCCACGGGAUCACGUCGAGCGGCGGUGCACGCGCACCUUCGUCGGCCGGCAUUUAUUACCCCGGCGACGGCGGCCCUAAUGGACCGCUGCCGACGCCGCCGGGCUCCGAGGGCUCCAGCACGUACGGCGAGCAUCAGUUCGUCCUGGCCGCGCACAAUCAGAAGGGCACCAGCGGCGGCAGCUGCGCCGACGCGUUCACCAGCUUGGUCUCCUCGUACACAACCGCCACAGCCGGUGGUUACUCGGUAGACUACCAUUCGGCGAUGACGCCGCCGUCGUCGGUCUCGCCUCGGGAUAAGCAGCAGCAGCAGCAGCAGCAGCAGCAGCAGCAGCAGCAGCAACAGCAGCAGCAGCAACAACAACAGCAACAACAGUUACACCCCGUCAACGUGAUAAGCAGCUACGAGAGUUCGUCGGCGUACGCGGAACCGGUGCUCCGUCAUCAAUACGAACCGGCUCAGCCGUUACCGCUGAAACCCCAGGUGUACUCGGCCACCGUUCAUCCGAGUGCCUUAGACGCCGCAGCGGCGUACGCCUCGGCGGGUCUGGCCGAGCAGCCGCAGUUCUAUCACCACCCGGCCGGCAGCGCCGGCUUCCACAUCUACCAUCCGACUAACAAGUCGACGGCGAACGGCUGGUACACCUCGGCGUCCUAGUGGCACCACCAUCAGUAGGAUCCUGUGAGAACAGCCGUGCGACGCGUAACGGAACGCGUGUACUUAAGCAACUGUAAUUAAAACAACACCCAAAGUCCUCUACCCAGCCUCAGUCCCGUCCUCUCCCUGCCUCCUCGCCCUUCGUCCCACAAGCCCGCUCCCGCCCCAUUCCACAUCCGACCCUCGUGCAUAUCAGUGAUACGCUAAAUUCCGUCGGUCGCGAUUCGACUCGCGAACGGACACCUCGUGUCGUUGUCGAAAUCACCACGGCGGCCCUUCUUCCUCUCUCUCGUCAUCGCGGACUCGCGGCCGCCGCGUGAGCGCACGCAUCCAAUGCGAGCUACGGCGCGUACGCCUGUAACAACAAUCGCUCUCUUCUCCAUUAUGUAGAACGAUUUAUUGUAAUAUAAUGAAUAAAUUAUUAUGUAUGUUGACUUUUCGGAGAUGUCGAUGCGCGCUGAGCGCACGGAGCCAAGGGGGAACUAAUUCAUGCGUGUUCACCGUGCGUGUUCCAAGUGACUUUGAGACGCGAGACGCUCAAGAGACCGUAACAAAUACCAUAGGAGAUCCCGCGAUUUUAUUAUACAUGUGAUAUAUUGGCAUACGCGCGCCACCAGGGACGAGGACUAACUUCGCACUGCGUUUAGGUGUUACUCCGCGAUCGAGCCGGCAGCGACGGCGACAGCGCGGCGGCAACUCCAUUGGCACGCUCGUUCGCUCUCGCACAGCGUGACACUUGGACAUAUUUUGUAUUGUAGUGUGUUGUUUCGUUGCGCGCGGAUGAGACGAACGGUCGGUAGAAUUUUGUGUACAUGGACUGCGUCUUCUUGUGAGAAGUUUGAAGACCACGCUGUAAAGGACAGUUAUAUACCUCUUCCGCUGUCCAUCCGGAUAUGCCAUCUUCGUCUAACUUUCUCCAAGAGCGGAGUUAGGCGAAAAUCGAACGUGCCUGUGGCACAGACCGUCCUUUUCAGAUGUAAGGUUUGUUUUUUAUCGCUGAACUUGUGUGCGUUCUCGAAAUUUCCAAACAGACAGAUAUAUCGAUGUCGAGACUUAUGUUUAUGAAAAAAAAGAGGGAAAAAAUUAGUGCGAAAUAAUCAGUUCAGCGGUAUAAAAGAAACCUCUCGGUCUUCGCAGCUUCUUGUGGAACGCCGAAUCUAUGUAUGUGAGUCUGUGCGAACGGUUCACGUGCGGGUUUCAAAACAAUUUGAGCGCUCUUCCGGAUACAGUUUGGAAACGCAGCCGAUAUUCCGAUGAGGGAGAAUCUUAUUUUCGGGGAAUCGACUGAAAACAGGUUCUCUCGUGGGUGGAUUACCGGCCGUGUUGCGAAGUGCAUUGAAGAAACAAUGAGG